AUGAUAUCUGAUCGCGGGUUCAGGCCGAAACGGGCUUGCGAGAUUUGCAAGAAACGGAAAGUUCGAUGCUUCUUAUCAGACGCUAACGCUUCAAUAUGUCGGCUUUGCGAGUUAUAUGGCCGUAAUUGUACUUUUGUUCAAAAUAAUUCCGCGGAGAGCAAAGUCGUUAAAGGUCGUAUCCGUCAAAGUAAGACUAGCUCUAUUCCUGGCUCUUCUAUCUUAUCAUUAGGCGGAGUGACGAAUGGCAAGGUUAAUAAUGUCAUUGCCGAGGGCAAGAUUGAUAGACAAGAUGAUUUCCAGGAAUCAGAUAUCCAACCAGAGUCCAAGCCUGAUGAUGAACUACAAGCAAUGCCUGUGGCAGUGGAUUUAUCAGCUGAGGCCAAUGUAGAGCCCAUACCGGACAGUCCUCUUGACAUUUUUCAAGGGUGGUUCAUGAAUAACUCAAAUCCGUUUCCUGUUGGCCCUCUUGAGCAUGUUCAUGAUAGCCCUUACGACCUCAACGAUGACCGUGAAACCGUGACCCUUCCAGAUUAUGAUUGCCUCACCGAGUCUCAACUACAUAAAACGUUGGGUUUACAGUGUAACAGAUAUAUCUCUUAUAUUGGUUCUACCAGCCAGUUGGAUUCCCUUCUACUUUCAUUCUAUGAGUACAACACCAAUAACACUGCUAAUUUUAUUGAGGGGAGCACUAGGGUUCGUACAAUUCGUAAAGUUCAACGCCUGUCAGAACCCACUCAAGAAAAUUCCACUACUAAACUGCUUUUGGGAGAAUGUGAAGCUUUCGUUCUGAUUGAAGAUCCUCGUCAGGAAGAUAUCACUGGGUCAGGAUCCCCCAAUUCGCGCUCUGGAUGGGUUGCAAUGUCUCCACGACGGACAGCAGAAGUAAAGCAAGUUCUUGAAAUGACUGGAAAUUUGGGACCCAAGUUGAUGAGCUUAUUCGUUAGGCAUGUCCUGCCAUGUUACCCAGUUAUGCAUAAAACAACCUUGCUGGAUAAGUACAACAGGAGCGUUUAUGAGUUGUCGUCAUCUAUCUUGGGUGCUAUAUUCUAUUUAUCCAUCAAUUGGCUAGCUUAUGACAGUGAGGUCUCAUCGGAUGUCCUACCACCGGGAGACAGAAUGGACGAGGUGACCAAAGAGCAUUAUGCCAAAGAACUCCCAACUCCAACCAUAUCGACAGUUCAGGCUGGUCUCCUUUUUUUACAGCAUGAUAUAUAUGCAAAUGAGAAACCAGGUCAAGAGACCCCCUCAUGGCAUAUUCUAUCCCAGGUAGUUGGUGCUGCUUAUGAAGUCGGAUUGCAUCUUGAUAGUACGAAUUGGGAUAUCCCGUACUGGGAGAAAAUUCUUCGAAAACGUCUUGGAUGGGCAGUUUAUGUUCAAGACAAGUGGACCGCUUUAAUAUCAGGACGGCCGUCUAUGAUCAAUGAGGAAAACUGGACAGUUCCUGAUAUUGUAGCAGAGCGAGAGUUUACAGACUUAUUUGUGGCAGAGGAAAAUGAGGACGAAGCUUAUGAACUGUCACAAAUAACUGUCAAUGUGACAAAUAGUAUUUUGCUCUUUUGCGAAAUGGUAAAGUUAUCAAAAAUUUUGUCUGACAUGCUAAAAAAUCUUUUUUCUUCUAAGCAUUGGGCACAAACAUACGAUGAAUCUAAUAUCGAUCAAAAGAUAUUAAAUGAUUUGGAGUUAGUCAAAGGCUACCACCUUCAGCUACGAGAAUGGUAUAAGUCGAUACCACAAAGACUAACCAAUAGUCAGCUGCAGGAUGGUGAACUAUCUCCAGAUGGAAAUUUGCAUAUUGCUUUCUAUGCAGCGGAAUUGUCUCUAUUUCGUCAUCUUCUCAAGCUACUUGCCAGAUCGAAUUCUUCUGAUUUGGUCACUCUUCGCCAAUACGUUCACCAAGCAUCUUGCGAUCUUUGGAUGGCAGCUAUUGAUACCGUAAUCAAUCUAAAAUCUCAGCAUCUCCAAACGUUUUGGUAUUCAUUUUCAAAAUACAAUUUGUCACAGUUUGUUACUUUUGGUUUUCUGCUGUUUGCUGUUUUAGAAGACAUCAACGAAAAAAAGAUGAUUCUGAAAAAGAUGGAAAUUUAUAGGUGGUCACUGGUACUAUUUUCAAAGUCCGCCUCUUUCAUGAAGCAUGCGGUCUUCUGGAUUGACCAUUAUUCGACAAGGCUGAAAUCAGAAAUCUCUAGGGUCAAGCAACCAAACUAA